UCACAGAUCUGAUAGGACUGGAUAUGGGAAAGCAAUAUGGUGGAAACUAGAUGGAGCUAUUGCUUACACCUUACCAGUUGUCUCAGAUCUGUGAAGCGGAGUGAACGAAGGCAGAGGGCAAGGAACAUCUUCCUGUCAUGAAACAUGCAGCCACUUGUGGGACGGGGGAGAUUUUCUACAUUUAUUUUGCCACAUUCGACAUAGCACAUGAAGGUUUCAAAACGCCAUUGCUUCCUCAUAGCUAAAUAGAUUGUGUUAAGUUCACAUUCUGUCAUUUGAGAAGAGGAUACUUGUCUUCAUGAGAAGAUGUCUUCCUUGUCUGAGUCAAACCCAAUGAGGAUUGUGCUGCUGGGGAAAACAGGAAGUGGCAAAAGCAGUGCAGGAAACACCAUCAUUGGAAGAGGAGAGGAAGAGUUCAAGAUAGGUCGUUCAGCCAACUCCGAAACGCACAUGUGCGAAACAAAGACCAAGGACAUCGAUGGAAGAAAGGUCACUGUAGUAGACACACCUGGACUCUUUGACACAAACAUCCCUGAAGAGGAGCUGAAACCUGAACUAGUGAAAUGUAUUGUAGAAUGUGCUCCGGGGCCACAUGCCUUUCUCAUUGUGCUUAGAGUGGACAGGUACACAGUCCACGAGGAACAAGUCAUUACAAAAAUUGAUGAAUGUUUUUCACCAGAGGCCUUCAAAUAUGCCACAGUUCUCUUCACUUGUGGUGACCACCUUCUUGAAGGAACAACUAUUCAGGAUUUUGUGAAAACAAAUAUGAAACUGAACAAGCUUGUGGAGAAAUGUGGUGGCCGCUGUCACGUCAUCGACAACAAAUACUGGAACAGUCAGCAGGAUGAGUACAGGAACAACCAGUACCAAGUAGCUGAGCUACUCAACACCAUAGAGAAGAUGGUGAGAGAUAACGGAGGAGGGUGCUACACCAACGAGAUGCUCCAAGAGGCAGAGAGAUUAAUAAACGCAGAGGUAGAGAGUAUUAGAGAGUCAAACAGCCAGAUGUCAGAGGAAGAGAUUGAAAAACUAUCCAAGGAAAGAGCGAGAAAGAAACUCCUGAUCAAGUUGUCAGGGGUAGCAACAGGUGUAGUGGUAGGAGCUCUACUUGGGGUUGCAGUGUCAUUAGCAAUAGUACUCUUACUUCUUGCAAAGCCAUUGGGACAAUUAAGUACAAAAGUAGCAGCAGCAACAGCAGCAAAAGUAGCAGGUGUAGUAGCAGGAGGAGUAGCAGGAGUAGCAGGUAGAGUAGCUGGAGGAGUAGCAGGAGGAGUAGCAGCAGCAGGAGCAGGCGGGGCAGCAGGAGCAGUAGGAGGAGUAGCAGCAGGAGGAACUGUAGUUGCGGUGGAGACCGGAGGAAGCAUUGGAGUUGGUGCAGGGUUAGGCAUAGCUGCAGGAGUUGUUGCUGGGACAGCAGCAUUAGUAGGAGCAAUAGGAGGGGGGGUAGUUGGAGCUGCGGCAGCAGAAGAUGCAGAGACAGCAGGAGAGGCAGCAGAGAAAGCAGCUGAGGCAGUCCUUAAGAAGGGUAAGGGAAUCUGGGUGGAGUGUAAAGCAGUCUUGGUGGAGAGUAAAGUAAGUGUGGAGAAUGUAAGAUAUAUGUCAAAGGGGUACAGGAAACUGAGUUUCAGUAAUGAAAAGAUGUAGCAGGAGCACUCUAGGUAUACAACUAAAUAAUUAAGGGUGAUCACAACCUGUGUUUCAAUAGUUUUCUCAACACACCAGUCAGUGCUCUACACACCAGUCAGUGCUAUACACACCAGGCAGUACUAUACACACCAGUCAGUAUUAUACACACUCAUGACAGGAAAACAGGGACAGGGGGGGGGGGGCUGAGAAGAGUUAUGACCGGCAAUAAAAGGUUGUUUAUAAAUGUAUGUUCUAACAGGGGUGAUGGGUGCGGAGUUGAUCAACUGGAAUUUGAGCCUUAAUCUCAAAGUAAGCACUGGGGUCAGUCAUUCUAAAUUCGGGUUGGAUAAGUUAUAAAAUGUUUUCGUUGUGAUUGGGAUACUGAGAGAGAGAAUGGCUAAAGCACGAUGAGGGGCUGGGGCGCUGAUAACAUUUAUGUGGCAGAGAGACUUUCAGAAACUCCCUUCACGUGUCAUCGUGAAGGGAGGUAAUUUGUUUGGGCGAAUCAAUGGAUGACAGUUUAGGACAACCAUUAAAGUUUUUUUUGUUUUACCCUGUAUUCAGAGUUUCUAUGUUACAUUGCAUCAUACUCACUUUUGUUGCCAGCAGUUUAGAUAUUAAUGGCUGUGUGUUGAGUUAUUUUGAGGGGACAGCAAAUUUACACUGUUAUACAAGCUGUACACUCACUACGUUACAUUGUAGCAAAGUGCCAUUUCUUCAGUGUUGUCACAUGAAAAAAUAUACUCCAAUAUUUACAAAAAUGUGAGGGGUGUACUCACUUUUGUGAUAUACUGUAUAUAACUGUGAUGUGAGAAAUGUUUUGAUGUCUGAUUACAGCUGUACAUAACCUUUGGAAAGAAUUAAACUUGGUUAAAGCGUC